AUGUAUGCCAUGAGCGAUGAGCCCUGGUCGAACAUCCUCGUCUCGUCCAUCCUCGUAUCGCAUCUCAUCUCAUCGCAUCUUCUCCUUCUCAUCUUCGUCUUCAUCUUCGUUUUCUCGUCAUCUUCUCAUCCUCGCCCCCUCGGCCGGACAAGGCCGCUGGGCUCGCCGCACUUCAACCUCCACGCUCGUCUCUCUUCAUCCUCCUCUCUCGCUCUUCGUCUUCGUCUUCUUCUUCUUCUCCCUCUUCCUCGUCUUCUCCCUCCUCCUGUUCUCUUCGGCCGGCAAGGACAGACAGGAUCGUCUCUCGCUGCUCUGCUCUCUGCUGCUUACAUCCUUGUUGGUGGUCCAACGCCCGCCUCUCUGCCUCCGACCGCCCUCAAGACUACAUAUACACUUAACGAUUAUUAUCUACCCACGGUCAACUCACAGCUCUCCUCUCCAGCUUGCGCCAUGGACAACCCACCGCCCAGCGGCGGCUCGGCCGGUAACUCGAGCGACUUUGUUAGAAAACUUUACAAGAUGCUAGAGGACCCGUCAUAUGCGCAGAUAGUCCGAUGGGGCGACGAUAGAGACAGCUUCGUCGUGUUAGAGUGCGAGAAAUUCACAAAGUCCAUCUUACCAAAACAUUUCAAACACAGCAAUUUCGCCAGUUUUGUGCGCCAGCUGAACAAGUAUGACUUUCACAAAGUGCGCCAGAAUAAUGAAGAGACAGGGCAGUCGCCAUACGGCUCAAGCGCGUGGGAGUUCAAACACCCCGAAUUCAAAGCUGAUAACAAAGACUCUCUCGACAACAUUCGCAGAAAAGCACCUGCCCCGCGCAAACAGGCUCCGUCAAACGAUGACUCGAUCCCGACACAGCAGCUCGACCUCAUGAACCAGCAGCUCCUCGCGCAGCAGCAGCAGCUGCAGCACCUGGCGGACCGCUUCACCCAAUUCACGGUCGACCACCAGAUGAUGCUACAGGAGGUCAGGCGCGUGCAGAAAUCGGUCCUGGGUCACGAUCAGGUCGUCCACUGCAUACUCACAUACCUACACUCCAUCGAUGCUCGGCAUCGGCGGGAAUCACGCGCGGCCGCCAUGACGUUCCAGUCCCAGACAGACCUCAGUCCGUCACAGGUAGCCAGCAUGGACGAGGGGCCCUCGUCCCCCCUACAGCACGCUACGAAGCUACUCAACGAGAUGACGGCCGAAAACCAGUUCAAUUUCUCUGCUCUGGAAGGUAUCGCCGUGCCCACUCCGCCGCUAGACCAGUCUCAGCGUAACAAUGUCAAUGUCAACGGAGUCAACGGAGUCAACGGAGUCAACGUUGUCGGCGGUGUGGUCGGUGGCGUCGGUGUUGUCGGCCUGCCGCCAACCUCCGCAGCGCAGUCUUCUUCAAUGUCUUACUCGAAAAUGAACGGUGAGCUCGAACAGGUUGUCUACCCCGUCGGCGCCACCAACGGCAUAGAUCCAAUGUAUAGCGAACAUGUGAAUAAUAUACCAUACUCCCUGCCCACCAACGCGGCCGCCGGUCCAGGAAAGGAUAUGGAAGUGUCGGAUAUACGGCGACAGUACGCCGUUGGUGGAGAUGGGAGGAAGAAGAGCCUUUAUCCUGACCCCGGCUGGGUGCGUAGCCCGCACAUCCUGCUCGUGGAAGACGACCAGACCUGUCGACAGAUUGGCGGGAAGUUUUUGUAUUCUUUCUCCUGUGUGGUGGAUACUGCUCUCGACGGCCUCGAAGCCGUAAACAAGAUCCAGGAAGGCUCCAAAUACGACCUUAUCCUAAUGGACAUCAUCAUGCCGAAUCUCGACGGUGUCUCUGCCUGCAGUCUUAUUCGUCGGUUCGACAGUACACCAAUCAUUGCGAUGACUUCUAAUAUCCGAUCGAGCGAUAUAGAUCUUUACUUUCAGCACGGAAUGAACGACGUUCUCCCCAAACCAUUCACACGCCAAUCGCUCCUCAACAUGCUUGAAAAACACCUCAUGCCGCUAAAAGCUGUCAACGUCAACGUACCCGCUACGGGAAACCCGAUGGACGCACCACCGCCGCCGCCGCAGCAACAGCAGCAGCAGCCGACGCCAUCAGCAAACAACACACCCUCCGCCGCGGGCCCGGGUCCCGGUGCACUCGCGAGCUCCAUGCCCGUAGCCGUCGCCGGACUCCCGCCAACAUCUCAAGCCGUCAAGGACGAGACAUCACCGACACACUCUCCCUCGACGAUGGGACAGGGGAACUGGCAGAAUUCCCCCAUCACGCCGGGCCAGGCAGGCCAGUCCGCGUUCGACACUAAUGGAAUGCAAUACCCUCAGUCCCAAGGCCAGUCGCAGAGCCAGAAUCAAAAUAAUCAGAAUCACGUCAAACACCGUCGCCAGGCCUCAGAUAUGGCUGGGUUGGACGUUAAUUCCUACAAUAAGCGACAGAGAAUGUACCAUGGUUCUGGACCAGGACCGGGAUCGGGGCCUGGCCCGGGCCAGGGUCCGGCGUCAGUCGUUAAUCCGAUGCAGACCAGUCGCAUGGCGUAG